AUGGCUGGCGGCGGCUCGACCGCCGGCUCGGGGGCGCCUCCUCAGGCGGGCGUCCUCGAGGGCGCCAACCCGAUCGCCUACGCGCCAUCGAAUCCGAUUGCUCUGUUCAUUAUUCAGGCAAGUACAAUACAUGCGCACGAUAUGCUCCCGGCCAUCAUCGUCAUCCUGUUUUGCCAGUUGUUGCACUAUCCGCUCCGGCUGCUGAACCAGCCCAGGGUCAUUGCCGAGGUCAUCGGCGGUAUCCUCUUGGGCCCGUCGGUGAUGAUGAGGAUACCGGGCUUCAAAGAGACCAUCUUUCCGGCGGAGUCGAUGCCUGUGUUCAGCAACGUGGCCAACCUAGGGUUGCUCAUCUUCCUGUUCCUGAUCGCGCUGGAGGUCGACAUCCGGCUGUUCACGCAGAACUGGAAGGCCGCGCUCAGCGUCGGGUUGGCGGGCAUGAUCCUCCCGUUCGGGCUCGGCUAUGCCAUCGCCUGGGGCAUCUACCACCAGUUCCCGAUCGCGGAAGAGUCCAUCAGCUUCGGCGUCUUCGGCCUGUUCAUCGGCACGGCGCUAGCCAUCACGGCCUUCCCCGUGCUCUGCCGCAUUCUCAGCGAGCUGAACCUGCUGCGCUCCAACGUCGGCGUCACGGUGCUGGCGGCCGGCAUCGGAAACGACGUGACGGGCUGGGUGCUGCUGGCCCUCUGCGUGGCGCUGACCAACAACAGCAGCGGGCUGGCCGCGCUGUGGGCGCUGCUGUGCUGCAUUGGCUGGACGCUGUUCCUGGUCUUCGUCGUGCGGCCUCCGUUCAUCUGGGUCCUCGGCCGCACCGGCAGCCUGCAGAACGGCCCCACGCAGGGCAUGGUCGCCCUGACGAUGCUCAUGGUGCUCGCCUCGGCCUGGUUCACCGGCAUCAUCGGCGUCCAUCCCAUCUUCGGCGCCUUCCUCGUCGGCCUGAUCUGCCCGCACGACGGUGGGUUCGCCAUCAAGCUGACCGAGAAGAUCGAGGACCUGAUCUCCGUCCUGUUCCUACCGCUGUACUUCGCCCUCUCGGGCCUGAACACCAACCUGGGUCUCCUGAAGGACGGAAUCACGUGGGGCUACAUCGUGGGCAUCAUCGCGUGCGCAUUCGCCGGCAAGAUUGCAGGCGGCACCCUCGCGGCCCGCGCGAACAGGCUGCUGUGGCGCGAGAGCUUCACCAUCGGCUGCCUGAUGAGCUGCAAGGGCCUGGUUGAGCUGAUCGUCUUGAACAUUGGCCUCCAAGCUGGCAUUCUGUCGGAGACAACCUUCAGCAUGUUCAUUGUCAUGGCCCUGGUCACCACGGUCGCAACCACGCCUCUUACCAAGGCUCUGUAUCCUCCCUGGUACCAGAAGAAGGUCGAGAAGUGGAGGAGAGGGGAGAUCGACUGGGACGGCAAUCCCAUCGACCACUCGGAGACGGGCCAGGGAGGGCUUCCGCAAAAGCCCGUCGAGUCCCAGAUCCGGCGCCUCAUGGUGCACCUCCGCCUCGACAGCCUCCCCAGUCUCUUCACCUUCAUCACGCUGCUUAGCCCGGAGACCGUCCUCGCGUCCGCCCCUGUCGACGCUACCGCGGAGGAUCCCUCCAAGAGCAACGAGAGCCAGAUCCGGAAGAAGCCACUGGAGGUCCACGGCCUGCGCGUCAUCGAACUCACCGACCGUACGUCGUCCGUCAUGCACCUCACCGAGGGCGAGGACUUCUACUCGCUGCGCGACCCCGUGGUGAACGCCUUCCGGACCUUCUCGCAGCUCCACGACGUUGCCGUCUCGGGCCGCGUGGCCGUCGUCCCGGCCGACUCGUACGCCGAGACGCUCAUGGCGCAGGCCUCGGAGGUCUCGUCCGACUUCGCGCUGAUCCCCUGGGGCGAGUACGGCAGCGUGUCCGAGGACCAAGCCUUCCCCGUGGCCACGAGCACGAGCGAGCGUUUCCGGUCGACCACGCACCUGGAGUUCAUCGCCCAGACGCUCGCCAAGGCCGCGGCUACCUGCAACGCCGGCAUCUUCAUCGACAAUGGCUUCGGCGGCAUCACCAAGCCCGCCGACCACCACCGGCCGGAGCUGUCCCGCACCAAGAGCGCCGCCGCGCUGUCCAUCCGCAGCUACCGCCCGGAGCCGGCCGCCCUGCCCGUGCUCAACAAGUCGCACCAUCUCUUCCUCCCCUUUUUGGGAGGGCCCGACGACCGCGUCGCCAUCCGCCUCGUCCUGCAGCUCGCGCGGAACCAGCACGUCACGGCGUCGAUCGUGCGCGUCAAGUGGCCUACCACUACUACCACUACCACCACCACCACCACCACUACCGAGGGAGGAGGAGCCACCACCCCGUCUUCCUCUACCGGCACCGACCCGAAGGCGGACUCUAAUAACGCUAGUACUACUAUCACUAACAACAAUGCCCGCCAGGAGCAGGAAGACGAGGUCUUCUUCUCCACGAUGCAGGCGUCCCUGCCCGCGGAGCUGGCGUCGCGCGUCGUCUUCAGCGAGGCAGACAUCUCUUCUUCUUCUUCUUCGGGAUCUUCUUCUUCUGCUGCGGCCGCCGCGCUAGCAGAGAUUGUGGUGCUAGCUCAAAAGACGGUGGGCCGGCAGCCCAAGAACGCGGGCGACGUCGUGGUGCUGGGCAGGAAGAACGCUCGCUUUGGCGCGGCGGAUGGGGCCGGGGGUGGAGGAGGAGACGGCAGUGGUAGUAGUGGUGUAAGUGGGUGGGGGCCGGAUCUGAAGAGCACGGUUGGUCCCGUGGCGGAGAGGUUGAUCACGGCGGGGAUCAAGGCCAGUCUUUUGGUUGUGCAGGCUGGUGGGAGGAAGGGGUCGUCGGAUUACUAAGUACUAGUACUGGUAUUAGUAGUGGUGGUGUAUAACGGUAUCUCCCCGUGCUUUCUCGGACUAGUACGGUAUCUUGGGUUCACGGCGGCUUAUUACGGGGUAUCGCGGUUGGGGUUUCAGGGUACUACUACGUACACACAUUGGGGGUUCUCCUGACACGAUCACGUACGGGCAUGACGCAAGACCUAUAUAGAUAUAUAAUUUCCAUG